CCCCUCACUCCCGACCCGCAGCCCCUCUCCCCAGGGUUCUGUGGAGUCUCAGGCUUGCUGGGCUGAGAACUGUCAUUUAUUCCUGCAGGGCUCUGUUGGGGGCCGGCCUCGCCCAGCCUGGGGGCUCUGCCUGGCAGCCCCCACCCCAAGAGCUGGGAUGCAGCGGGGUGGGCGCCUGUCCCUGAGCUUCCUGCCCCCCCAGCAGGUGGCGCUCUCUGGGCGUGGCCGGGAUCUCUUCACCUUUGUCACCGUGGCCUCGUCCCACAUGAUGCGGACGCUGCAGAGACCCCGCAAGAGCCGCCCUGGCAAGCAGCGGGUGAACCACCGGCGGUUCCUGCACAACCAGAUCAGCAGGCAAUUCACUGACAUUGAAGCCUCGAUGCACCGCCUGGCCUCCUCCAUCCUGGCCCAGGAGACCCCAAGGGACCCUGCGCCCCCCACAGAACCCCGGCAUCCUGGCCCAGAGCCUCCUGCCCCAGCUGCCAGCUCCUUCCUGGGCGUGGCUGAGGCCUUUGUGGCCCCGGAACCGGGGCCUGGCUGGGGCCUGAGCAUGGCCUCCCUGACCCCUGACCCCAGCGACCUCUUUGACCCCAUCACCAGCCCAGAAGAUCUGGGGCUGCCCCCCAGUUGGGCCCCAAUUACCCACAACCCCCUGGAGCCUAGCCAGUGUCCCCUGCCCUGGGACUCCCUGCCCACCCCGGGCACGGACGGUGCCCCCCUCUGGGGCCCAGAUCCCCCUGGCUACCUGCCCCCCGUCACCCCGGCGCACCCUGUCGGAGUGGCGCCAGGGGGGUGGUAACCACGGCAACCACCCCUGUUCCCCUCCCCCGGCCACAAGCUCCUCCCCAUCCCCCCUCCCCCCCCGAAGGAAGCGGGGGACCCCACCUGGUGGGCACCCCCCAAGCGGAUGCAGUGAGGAGCAUGCCAGGUGCUGAGCUGACAGAUGGGGGGGGGCAUUUGCAGACUGCCAGGAUACCCUGAUCUGGGGAGGUCCCCUUGAAUUUGGGGGUCCUCCUACAAGUCAGGGGCGCCACGUUGGUCUGGGGGAAACCCUCUUGAAUUUCAGUGUGUUACCUUAGGUGUGGGGGUGUCUCCGGCUCUGGGCGCAGUCCGGCCUUGGGGGUCCCGCCCCGUACAGCUCGGCAGGCUUUGGGGGGCUCUGAAGGGACAGAUUUGAGGGGCGCCCCCAUGUCACCCGGGGGAGGGAGGGGCCCCCUCUUUUUGACCCGCCCCCCAGGCGCUGCGCCACCCUGGUUAGCAGCAGGAAGGCUGGGGAGCCCCCCCCCAACAAUCGGGGGCGGCGGGGGGGAGGCUGGCAGAGGACCCCCCCUCGGCAAGGGGCCCCGCCCAGCUGGACACAGGGCCCAGGUCUGACUGCGCAGGCGCGGGGUCCCCAGCCCCGCG